AUGACAGCCCUCCAAGCCCUUCGUCUCGUAGGAGAGUACUCUCCUGAAAAAGUCAAAAGUAUUCUGUGGCAUGCGGGCGCUUCGGCUGUGAGUAUUGCGGGGAUCCAACAGUCCUUGCAAUUGGAUCCGAAUAUUCGAGUGUAUGCUACGACGAGACAGGAUGCGAAGUGUGAGUAUGUGGUGAAGGAGAUUGGAGCGCAUGCGGCUGUUAAUGCGACCAAGUCGUAUGCAAAGGCAGAUGGCAGUGAGGGUGGCACAUGGGCGGAUGAGGUGAAGAGAUUGAAUGGUGGGAAAGGUGUGGAUUUGGUGAUUGAUUAUGUUGGAGCUCCGUAUUUUGCUGCGAAUCUGGAUGUUUUGGCAUUGGAUGGGCGGGUUGUGAUGUUGGGGCUUUUGGGGGGUACGGUGUUGGAUGAGAAGACGGAUAUUCGAGCUUUCUUGAUGAAGAGGGCGACUGUCGUGGGUUCUACGUUGAGGAGUCGGGACUUGAAAUAUCAGGGUAGACUGAGAGAUUUGUUUGUGGAAGAGGUUUUGCCGAAGUUGGUGUCAGGUGUGUACAAGUCGCCCAUCGACAAGGUGCUGAGCUGGAAGGAUAUUCAGGAAGCUCAUGAGAUGUUGGAAGGGAACAAGACGAAGGGGAAGCUGGUUUGUGUUGUUGACUAGAUGGUCGUUCUCGAAGUCAGUGAUAGCAGUCGUUGAUACAGCCCGGUUAUGUCAUGCUGCCAGACACAGCAGACAGAGGAUGAGGUCGGAUGCCGGCAGGACUCUGGAACACGUCUCUCGUCAGGCCAUCCUGGUUACCGCUAGUUACUGUGCCGUCAAAAUGUCUUCAAUGUGUUCAGUGUGUAUUGAGCAGAAACAGUGAGAGUAAUCCACAACCAGUCGUCGUCAGCGA